AUGCAGUACACACCUUUUGCGUCUGAUAUCGAACUGCCUUUUUACACGGCUCUGGCCUCGCACAAAAUCAAUCAUGAUAAAUUAGAUGACUCUGCCCGUUCCGUCCUGGGUCUGUACGAGAUCCGCUCCUCGGAUGCUGCGAAUGCCUCAUGUCGAAUGCAAAUUCACGGAAAUGCUCUCACCAGUGGCGAAGCAGCGGCAAAUUAUUACCGCGCCGAAGGCAUAAUCAAGAAUGUCAACACUAUCGAGGACUACCGCAGCAUGGACAAGUCACAGAUGAUUACCCAGGCCGGAAAAACAAUUUGGGAUGCGAUCAACGACGGCACGAUCUACUCCUGUCCUUCCUUGCUGGCAUCUUUCGUCAUCCUUUCCUUCGCGGAUCUGAAGACAUACAAAUUCUACUACUGGUUCGGGUUUCCCGCCAUUCAUUCUGACCCAGGGUGGGUGUCUGUAGACUCGGCUGGCACUCCGCUUGACUCACGACAAAGCGAGAAUUCCGACUCGCCCCCGGGCGAAUAUCUAUCCUCUCUUGAAAGCACGGCCCUCGUGGACGCUGUGCAAACAUGGAGCUAUGGCGUGGAUUCUCGCCAACGAGGCUUUUUCCUAGCCCGCAAACAACCAAACCCCCGGGGCGAGUCUGCACAUGCCACAUGGCAGGUAGCUUCACUGGCGGAAUACGAAAACGGCUUCUUUACAGCUACCGCACUCGAGCACCGCUAUAUUUGCUUUGCAGACCCCUCCAACUACGAGAAUACACCAGGUUGGAUGUUGCGGAAUUUACUGGUCGUAGCUAAACAGCGCUGGGGUCUUGACCGGGUUCAAAUCCUACGGUAUCGCGAAGUUCAAUCGAAGCGUGAUCAGGGUCGUAGCAUCGUGAUUCGCCUACAAUCGAAAUCAGAUCCUACAUCUGAAGCGGCGAAAGCACUCCAAACUCCAGGCCCGUUACCAAAGAUCACUGGCUGGGAGCGCAAUCCGGCAGGCAAGCUGUCAGGGAGAAUUGUCAAUCUAGCUGAGUACAUGGACCCUACAAGGCUGGCGGAUCAAUCCGUCGACCUGAACCUCAAGCUCAUGAAAUGGCGGAUCAGUCCAACGCUGGAUUUGGAGAAAAUCAAGCAUACCAAAUGUCUCUUGCUUGGAGCUGGUACUUUGGGAAGCUAUGUUGCCCGGAACCUGUUGGGCUGGGGUGUGAAGAAAAUCACGUUUGUCGACAAAGGGACCGUGUCCUUUUCCAAUCCCGUUCGGCAGCCCCUCUUCCAAUUUGCUGACUGUUUGCAUGGCGGAGCACCAAAAGCGCAUCGUGCAGCUCAAGCCUUGACUGAAAUUUAUCCUGGCGUGGAAACAGCAGGCCAUCAGCUCUCGGUUCCUAUGGCAGGCCACCCUUCUUUGGACGAGGAUGCGACACGAGCCGAUUUUGAAGCCCUACAAGCUUUAAUUCAGGAACACGAUGCAAUAUUUCUCUUGAUGGAUACACGAGAAUCGCGUUGGUUACCCACCGUCAUGGGUAAAGCGGCCGGGAAGAUUGUGAUGAAUGCAGCUUUGGGGUUCGAUUCUUAUGUCGUCAUGCGCCACGGCCUUGCAGAGACUGGAUCUAACGCUGCAGAUCUCGGAUGUUACUUCUGUAAUGAUGUCGUAGCACCGGCUAAUUCUGUCAAAGAUCAAACCCUCGACCAGCAGUGUACAGUCACCCGUCCCGGGGUAGCCGCCAUAGCCUCCGCACUUCUGGUAGAAUUAUUCGUUUCAAUUUUGCAGCACCCACAGGGCGCUGGCGCCCCAGCUGCAUUGAAAGGAUGCGAUGAGCGCGGAGAUCAUCCCCUGGGGCUUGUGCCUCAUCAGAUCCGAGGAUUUCUUGCCACUUUUGAGAAUAUUCAAGUCACCGGCAGGAGUUAUACGUGCUGUAGUGCGUGCUCGGAAAAAGUGACCUCGGCGUAUAAAGAUCAAGGCUGGGAAUUCGUACGGAGAGCCCUUAAUGAAAGCGGAUACGUGGAGGAAUUGAGCGGACUCAAAGAGGUUCACGAGAAAGCCGAGGCCGCAUUAGCUGACGUGGAGUGGGACGAGGCCUCGGAGACUGAAGAGAGCGAAAUGCUCUAG